AUGGCAUCCAAUGUCGUUGGGAGUUUUUUAUAUGACAGUGAGAAAAUUGAAAGCUCAGUGAAGGGAUCACAGUCCUAUGAUCAUCCAUCAUAUUACAUAGUGUGGUAUCAUUGGAAACUGUUUGAGGAGCUGAAGUCUAGUAUUGGUAAAGAGAUCAUGUGGGCAUUUGGUAGUGAAACACCAGUUAGCGAGGAACAUAUUGAGGGUGUGAAGUCUGAACUUGAAAAAGAACAGAAUGGAGGCAAUACUCUGGACAAGGAUUCAAGGACAUACCUUUUGAAUUUGAUUGAAAGGAAGCAACUUUUGGAAAAAGUGAAUGACAGUUUUCAGGCUCUUAUCACAGACUGUGAAGUUUCUUCAGACCCAGGUGAAAACUGUAAAGAAUCUGAUUCAGCAGAGUCUAUAAUAUCCUUUAAGAUCCGGAAUAAUCCAGGAGCGUACAAACUUUGGGAAACAGUAAUGGACCACUAUGGGAAUAUGGUUGUAUUUGUAAUCAAAUUGGAUGGAAAGCAUAAAAAAUGGUGGGAAUCAGCAAAGGAAACAGUGAUAUCCAGACACCAAUCUGUACAAAAGCAAGGUGCUACACUUGAUUGGCUCAAAGGAUUCCACUAA